AAUAUAGUAGUGGCCAAUAUGCAAGAAUAUUCCACUCCAAGGGGGAAAUUGACUUACAGUUGCAGGACUCACAGUUGCAAACUAUCCUCACAUCUCAACUCAACUCUACAGCCUUGUAUUCUUUGCUCAAGAUAAUAAAUAUACUUCAUUAAAAAGAUAAGACCUUCCAUUUAAAAUUUUGUGUUUUUUUUGUUUCAAAAUAAUAAAUAAAUAAAUUUGUGUUUGAAAAAAUGGCCUCUUCUUCUGCUCAUCACUUUGUAAUCUCACAGAAGAAUAGGACUCUCAUACCAUCCUACAGUAAUUCCUCAAUACUUCAGAAUUACCCUCUUUUACCUUUUAUCCCUAAUUCACUUUCUCUUUCCUCAAAAUUACCCCUGCCUUCUAGCAGUAAACUUACUGUUUGUUCUGUUGCUAAGAUUAUUCCUUCACAAUUUGAGAUUGAUCAACAACAAAGUAGCAGUUUUAGUCCAUCUUCUCCUAAUUCCAGUUGGGCAGAAUUCGCGGACAAAGUUUCAGGGGAGUGGGAUGGGUUUGGAGCAGAUUUCACAACUGCUGGGGAACCCAUUGAACUUCCUGAAUCAGUAGUACCUGAAGCAUACAGGGAAUGGGAGGUUAAGGUUUUCGAUUGGCAAACUCAAUGCCCUACAUUAGCGGAUCCACAGAAACUCCUCCUUUCCUACAGGUCUGUAAAAUUACUUCCUACAGUAGGCUGUGAGGCUGAUGCAGCAACAGUAUAUAACAGCGAUGACAGAAUCAUAGGAGGCGAAGAAAGCAGUAGCAUCUUAGCCUUUGCAUUUCAGAACACCGGCUGUUAUGUAGCCCUUUGGUCAGUUUUGGAGAAUGAAGUGUAUAGAGUAUUGGAGUUGGAGCAUUGUUUGAUUGACCCUCGCGAUAAGGAGUCUAGAGUAAGGGUGAUUCAGACACUUCGUUUGGAGGACUCAAAGUUGAAACUGCAGAAAAUUAAAGUGUUUUGUGAGCUGUGGUAUGGACCGUUCAGAAAUGGAGAUCAGCUAGGAGGUUGUUCUAUACGUGAUUCUGCAUUCGCUUCUACACCUGCCUUGAAUGCUUCUGAUGUUACUGGCGUUUGGCAGAGUCAGGAUGCUGUGGCUAGCUACCAAACUUCUCAGAAUAAACCUUUGCAAGAACUUACAGGAAGAAGUACACAGAAAAUAGUCAGAAAGGAGCAAGAACUGAUUAUGUUACCGCGGCAAUUAUGGUGCUCACUCAAGGAAAGUGAGAACGGCGAAACUUGUGGAGAGGUAGGAUGGUUACUAGAUCCUGGAUUUGCUAUUUCAUCAAGAUGCAUUUUCUCAACUGAUGGCAAGUUAAAGGAUAUAUCAAUAGGGCAUGAGACGUUAGCUAGUAAUUGAAUUGGUCAACACUGCAUUAUUAGUAGUGUCUAAUAUGCAUAUAAUUUUAUACAGUAUAUGCUUCUGCUCUUUUAAGCUUAUCAAAGAGCACUCUUUUUUUGUUAAUAGUAUUAUAUAAUGCAAAAUUCUCAAUUUAUAACCCCUUUGAACAACAAAUAGCCUCAUCUCAGGGGCUGUACUUAGCUUUUGAACUAUAUUUUACCCUUAGCAUGCUGAUCAUUAUGCAAUUUUGAUUCUCUGUA